CCCGCCGCGUGGCUCGGUCCGCGCGGUUCGAUCUCGGACGGGAGGUGUCCGGAGAGCCCGAGCCCACCCGGCCGCCCUACGCGAAGCCCCGCUCCCGCCGAGCCCGCAGAGCGCGCCCCCAGCCCCCACCCCCGGCCGCCCCGUUGGAGCACAUGUCCCAGCGCUUUAUUUUUAGCAGCGGGGAACGCCGCCUCCGCCGCGCCCGCAGCGUCCCCCCCCGGCCGCCCCCAUGCAGAGAAGGAUGGGCGAGGCGGUGGCCCGCGUGGCCAGGAGGGUGAACGAGACGGUGGAGAGCCAAAGCGACACGCUGGACCUGGCCGACUGCAAGCUCGUGUCUUUCCCCGCCGGCAUCUACAAGGCGGUGCGCAGCGUCACGCAGGGCAUCCACCGCAUCUCGCUGGCUAACAACGAGCUGAAGGCUCUCGGCGCACGCUUCGCCACCACCUUCAGCCAGCUGCGAGAACUCAACCUGGAGGGCAACCUCCUGCACCGCCUGCCCCAGGAGCUGGGCUCUCUGCUGCACCUGCGCACCAUCAACCUGGCCCACAACAAGUUCCGGCACUUCCCUGAGCCCCUGGCGGCUGCCCCUGCACUGGAGAGCAUCAACCUGGAAGGGAAUGAGAUUGCAGAGGUGCCAACAGAGGCUCUGGCCUCCAUGUCCUCGCUGCGGAGCCUCAACCUACGUGCCAACCCUGUGUGCCCUGCUGUACGCCUGCUCGUCCGGCCCCUGGUCCCCUUCGAGCUGCUGCUGUCACCUGAGGGCAAUGUCCCCACAGCCUGACCUGUCCCUGCUGCCCGGCACCUGCAGGAGCGCACACUGGCCCUGGAGCUCCCCAUGGCUUCCAGCUGCUGGCACGAUGUGCCCCAAUACCUGAUUAAAUGUGUUAUGUGCACUGUG